AAUGCACCGGCUGAAAGCGUGAAGGUAAAGAGACCCUUUCUUAAACGAGGAGAAGGUCUGGCCAGGUUUACAAGGGGAAAAGCCACUGUGCCACCAGUCAGAAAAAGUCCACCUAACCACAAGCCCUCCUUAUGUCCAAAUCCAAAAGUUUCCCAAGACCUGGACAUGAGGUCCAACAAGAACUCUGUUAAAAACAAAACCGAAGGCUCAAAGUUCACACAUCCUGUGAUCCAACGCAAGAUUGCUGUUCUCAACAAAGAGAACAUUCUUAAGAAUAAAACCACAGCGCCAGUCACCAAGAUGACUGUUCAACCUCGUGUUCUUGUCGGACACCAGAGUGAGAAUAUGAACCCCAUCCCAGCUCAGUUCCAGCCAAAAUCUGAUCCCUCGUCCAAGCAGAAGAUCAACAGUGUCACUACAACAGACAGCAAUAAGGAAGGGUCAUGUAGUGGUGUGGAGGAUAAUGCAUGUGUUGCUGAAAACUCAUUUGAGGUGUGGUUCACGGAGAGGAAGGAGCACUGGGAGCAAGAUCACCAACGGGAGUGUGCUGAACUUGGAGAGUUUGAGUUGCUGGAACGAGCAGCAGAUGAAAUAUCCUUCUCCAGCAACUCGUCCUUCAUCAGCACCCUCCUUCAGAGAGACCGCAGGCGUCUCUCCUCCACACCCAUCAAAUCGACCAGUCAAUCUGCACUACCUAGCCAUGGUCAAGGUCCUGCAGUAACUCCUGAGCCCAUGUUGGGUCAUAGUGUACCAGUUCCUCCUACAAACACUACAAUACAGAGAGAUGUCAUUAGCAUAGGACCGAAAGAGCAGAGAGGGUUCUCAGAAGAGGAAACCCAUGAAAAGUUGGAUGACGACUUAUUGUGCAGUAAUUCAGGGUUGCAACCCCUCCCCAACAGGUCCAAUCCACCCAUAACCCACUGCUUUGAAGUGCCUACCACUCUGCCUUAUGAUAAACUCACCUAUCAAGACAGGGACGGAGCCAGCAGUCCAGAGGAGGAUGAGAGGAGUUUGAGUAACAAUGGAGACUCUACUCUCAUAGAUUCAAGGGCCCAGUUAGAGUUUGAUGACGAUGAUACCUGGAACGAACCUGAGGAGGAGUCCUGCUGUCCUGCAGAAGAAUCCCCAUCAGACAGGGCUCUGAAAAGGAAGGUUGCCUUCUCCAAGGGGGUAAAACCAGCAGGUGGCAGCCCAGAUGCAGUUGGGAAAGAAGCUCCACCGACAUGCCAGUUGGUAUCAAAGCUGUUUCCCACGCUAAAGCCUAAACCUUCUCCUCCGGUAACAGUGGUGCAUGUGCAGGAACCACAGAACGUGCCCAGUGAAGAAGGAGCAGCUCAAUCAAGACUUCUUCGUGAGCGUUUGGUGGAGCUGGAAACAGAGAUUGAAAGGUUCAAAUCUGAGAAUGCGGCACUGGCCAAACUAAAGCAGGAGAACCAAGACAUAAGAGAGAAUCUCAAGAAAGAGAGGGCUGAAUUUGAAAAGAAGAGGAUGGAGGAAAUUGCAAAGUGGGAGGAGCUUAAAAGGGAGGAACAUAAGAAACUGCAGCGUGAAAGGAAGCUUUUCGAAAAGCAUGCAGCAACUGUUAGAGCAAGACCUGACAAACAAGAACGAGAUGAGAUCCAGGCUCUAAAGCAGCAGUUGAAUGUGCUGCAGGAGGACUUGUGCAAACGAGAGGCUCGUUGGAGCAACACACAGAGCCGUCUCCGACAGCAGGUAGACACUCUGAGUGCAGAGAACGCAGCCCUCAGAGACCAAGUGCGGACGCAGGAGAAACUGCGCCUCAGUGCGUGGAAGAGUGCUGAGAAAGAGAAGGAAAAGUUCUCUCUGUCUGGCAAAAGAACCAAUACUGGAUCCAAAUGUACAGAUUCCAGGAGUCCCUCUCAGAGUUCAAAAAAUAGCAGCAGCAGAAAGGGAAGUCCAGAGACACAGAUCCCUCUCACAAAUUCAGCUUUUUUCCCUGAACAAGUUAAAGAGAGCAUCAGCUUCAAAUAUGAGCCAAGUCCAGUGGAAACCCAGUGUUCGGAUGGACUGGUUACGACUGAGAGGAACCAUGAUGCUCCACAUAACUCUCUCUCUGGCAUUGAACAGUCAGAGAAGGAACAGGAAGAGAUCACCCAGUCAGACAACAAGAUUGAGAAGGUGCUCCCUGAUGGAGGCCGACUUGUUGUUUUUCCAAAUGGCACGAGGAAAGAGCUUUCUGCUGAUGGACAGACGGUUAAAGUCAUGUUUUUCAAUGGAGAUGUGAAACAUACCAUGCCUGAUCAAAGAGUGAUUUAUUACUAUGCAGAAGCUCAGACCACACACAUUACCUACCCAGAUGGGAUGGAAGUGCUUCAGUUUCCUAACAAUCAAACAGAAAAAAAAUUCCCUGAUGGUCGUAAGGAAAUCACUUUCCCUGAUCAGAUGGUUAAGACUCUUCAUCCUGAUGGAAGAGAGGAAAGUGUUCUUACAGAUGGAACAGUAAUACAACUGAAUCCGGAUGGCAGUAAGGUGAUCCAGUUUAACACAGGUCAGCGAGAGAUCCACACUGCAGAUUUCAAAAGACGGGAAUAUCCAGAUGGUACGGUUAAAACCGUUUACUCAGAUGGACGGCAAGAGACACAAUACCCUACAGGACGAGUACGGUUAAAAGACGCACAGGGUCAUGUCAUUAUGAACACUAAGGCUUGAAAGACCCAAAAUAUUGUUUUAUUUUAAAGGAAAGGAAAACAAAUGGACUUGAAUGAAGUUGAGUGAAGGAAUGUCUGUUUUGUGUAAAUGUGUCAAGUAUUUAUUUGGAGAGUAAUUUCUGUAAAAAAUAAAUGUUUGUAUGUUGUGUUUAACAGAGUUAUGCAUGACAAGGUAAUAGUUUUAAAUGGUAAUUUUAGAGGGAUAAAAUGGGCUUGAUGCCUUUAGAUGAGCUGUACUGUGCAGUUGAUUAGACUAGCAUUAUUCAUAUUCCUCAGAAAGAAUAUGGACAUUUCAUUCGUAACAUGUUUAAGGUACUUAAAGGACUGAUUUAAGCUGAACUAUGAAAAGGUUCUCUGGAUGAUUCUGGUAGUGGUCUGAAGAUAAAAGUGCAUCAAUUGGUCAGCCUGCUAUGAUUGUUAACAUCCAAAAUUUCAAGAAGUCAAUUAUGACACAAAAAUAUAGCACAAAACCAAGUACUUGAACAUAAAAUGAGAAAACUACAAUGUAAAAUGAUGUGCAGACUCAAAAGCUUCUAUGAAAUCUGAUGACCUAAAGCAGUUUCUCAACCCUGGUCCUGGGCGCCCCCAGCACUGCACAUUUUG